CCACUGAGGUAUAAAGUUACAUGUGCUGAUGCGGAAGUGAGUCAGUUCUCAUUCACUUUACUUACUAUUUUAACUCAACUAGUGUGUCAGCUAAACUGCUACAUCAGAUGGGUUCGAUUUCGAUACUUUCAAAAGUAGAUAUUGAUUAGCGUGUGAUCAACAUUUGCUAGGCAUGCACGAGCCAGAGUUAGCUAGUUAAUGCGUUGCAGAUGACUGGUAUCCUGUAUAUUAAUCAUGGUAAUUCCUCGAGGUAAAACUUUUCUUGUGCGGAUUUCAUUCUAUUGGAAACCACUGUUACAAGGAAGAUUGCUCAUUUUAACAAACACCCUCAGUGGAGGUGUUAUGUUGUCUCUGGGAGAUAUCAUACAGCAAACCAGGGAAAAAAUGAAAGAUCCUCAGAAAAUUCGUGACUGGAGUCGCACAGGGCACAUGUUUGGAGUGGGUUGCUCUAUGGGACCUGUCCUCCACUACUGGUAUUCAUGGCUGGAUAAAAUCUACAUUGGCAAAGCCUUGCACACUGUAGGCAAGAAAGUCCUACUGGAUCAGCUAGUUUGCUCACCAAUCCUUGGAGCUUGGUACUUUUUAGGUAUGGGAGUAAUGGAGGGACACGGUCUAUCCAAAGGCGCGCUGGAAUUCAAAGAGAAGUUCUGGGAGUUCUAUAAGGCUGAUUGGUGUGUCUGGCCUGCCGCACAGCUGAUCAACUUCUAUUUCCUUUCACCCCAAUACCGGGUCCUUUAUGUGAACACAAUAACCCUGGGUUGGGACACCUACCUGUCUUACCUCAGACACAGAGAAGAUGAUCAACCAGGAGAGCUCGUUCUUGACAGUGGUGUCAUAGAGGUGACCCAGGAGGCUGUUGGGCCCAUCGCUCCAGUUAAACGGUUUGAGGAGUAGGUUUAGCCCUAGUACUGAAUUCAAUACUGAACUCCAAAUAGUUGAAGAUCAAUGUUUCAUUCUUGGAACAGUUGUCUCUUGCGCACUGGAAGGUGUAUAAUUUCAUGCGUGUAUAAUUAGUUAUGUGUCAUGUAACUUUUCUGGUUUAAUUAUUUCCAGCCACAGUAACUAUAAUCAAAUUCUGUUAUCCUACUGUUUAAGAUACCAAUCUUGCCUUAAAAGUGAUUCACUACUGCCUAAUAUUUGUCUCAGGAUUUCAAAUGGACCAAUAAGUUUAUCUGAAUAAUGAAAGAUAUCAAUUACUCCAGUAUUCAAUGUUUUACUGCAAGAUGAUCUAGUGACCUCUAUGGUUAGUCACAGUGAUGUAGAUUUUUUUCACAACAAUUUAAAACUUGAAGCAAUGAUGGUUAAAUACAUGUUCUAUUACUUUUGAAAGGAUUUACAUAUUCAACAGUUAAUUGAAAUAUGCUAUGUAUUUAUUUACAUAGUUGGUAAGUUAUGGCAAAUGUGUUGAAUGGAAACGAUAGAUUAUGCACAGUCCGUUCAUAAUACAUAUCAAUCUAUGAUCUCUUAUUUGCAUAGGUGGGUGGAAAAAAAUCUGUAAAAUGCUGUGAUUAACAUGUUUUUUACUUAUUUUUAAUACAACAUUUUAAAGAUGUUUGUAGUUGUCUGACCUGAUUACUCUUAAAUAAUACAUUGCAACUGUGCUUCUGAUUUUUUUAUUUUUUUAUUAUGAAAGGGAUCAAAGGAUGUGACACAGGUUUUUUUAAUGACAUUUUUGCAGUAGUGCAAAGUACUUGAGUAAAAAUACUUUCAUGUACAACUUAAGUAGUUUUUUGGGUCUCUACUAUACUAUUUAUAUUUUUGACAACUUUUACUUUUCCGUCACUACAUUCCUAAAGAAAAUAAAUGUCCUUUUUUGCUCCAUACAUUUCCCCUGACACGCAAAAGUACAUUUUGAAUGCUUAGCAGGACAGAAAAUGGUCCAAUUCACACAUUUAUCCAGAGAACAUUCUGGUCUUCCCUACUGCCUCUGAUCUAGUGGACUCACUAAACACAAAUGCUUCAUUUGUAAAUGUCUUGAGUUUUGGAAUGUGCCCCUAGCGAUCUGUAAAUAAAAAUAUAAGAACA